CGAGCUCUGUGGUGCCGCCGCCGCCGCCGUUGCUGCCGCUGAUGGCGGAGCCGCCUCGGCGGGUGCGGGAGCUUCUCCUGGCCGGGCUGGCCGCCGCUUACCUCGCCGCCUUCGCCUCGCUCUACGUGCAGGUCCCCGGUCUCUAUGGAAGAGAUGGAAUCCUGCCUGCUCGCAGAGUGCUGCGCCUCAGUGGCCAGCGUCUAUGGGAGCAGUUCCGGGAUUUUCCCACUCUCCUGUGGCUUGGGCCCAGCCUGGGUUUGGAUACAGAGCUGGGAAUGGAGCUGCUCUGCCUUCUUGGGGUGCUCUGCUCCUUCGGUGCCUUGCUGCUGGAGCCCCUGAGGGACAGCCUGGUCUUUGCCUUGCUCUGGGUGCUUUAUUUCUCACUCUACCAGGUGGGACAGGUCUUCCUCUACUUCCAGUGGGACAGUCUGCUGCUGGAAGCGGGGUUCCUGGCCGUACUGGUGGCCCCCCUGCGCCUCCUCUCGUGGGGGUCCCCAGCCUGGCGCCCCCACGACAGCAUCACCUUCUGGCUCAUGCGCUGGCUGCUCUUCCGCCUCAUGUUCGCCUCGGGGGUGGUGAAGCUCACCAGCCGCUGCCCCACAUGGUGGGGGCUCACAGCUCUCACCUACCACUACGAGACCCAGUGCAUCCCCACGCCAGCUGCGUGGUUUGCGCACCAGCUCCCAGUGUGGUUCCAGAAGUUCAGUGUGGUAGCCACCUAUGUCAUCGAGGUCGCUGUCCCCGUCCUGUUCUUCGCUCCCAUCCGCCGACUCCGGCUCUUCGCCUUCUACAGCCAGGUCCUGCUGCAGGUCCUCAUUAUCCUCACGGGCAACUACAACUUCUUCAACAUGCUCACCAUCGUCCUGGCUUCCUCCCUGCUGGAUGAGGAGCAUGUGGGGCGCUCAACAGGGCGCAGCAAGAAGAGGAACACAGUCUCCUGGCCCCCCAGCCUCGGGUCCUUCCUGUCCACGCUGCUGGAGCUGAGCACCUACAGCCUCCUGCUCUAUUGGAGCAUUCAGUACUUUAGCCUGGAGAUCAACUGGGACAAGAGGCUGCUGGAGUCCAAAGUGGCCUUCACCUACCACGAGUUCACGAUGUGGCUGCGGGCGGUGACACUGCCGCUGGUGGGGCUGGCCUUCCUCUCACUGUCCUGGGAGAUCCUGGCUGCCAUGUACCGCUGUGCCUGUGUCCGUGGCUACUUCUGGAAGCUCUGGGCCAUGCUGCAGUGGGUCAUCUUCACCACCGCGGCCGUGGGGGUAUUUGCCAUCAGCCUGGUGCCCUUCACCUACAUAGAGUUUGAGUCCAACGGGAAGCUGUGGCCCGGCAUCCACCAGGCGUUUGGCGUGGUGCAGCGUCUCCAGCUCGUGAACUCCUACGGGCUGUUCCGCAGGAUGACGGGCGUCGGGGGGCGGCCUGAGGUGGUUUUGGAAGGCAGCUACGAUGGGCAGAACUGGACGGAGAUCGAGUUCAUGUACAAGCCAGGGAACGUGAGCAGGGCUCCCCCCGUGGUGGCCCCGCACCAGCCCCGGCUCGACUGGCAGAUGUGGUUUGCAGCCCUGGGCCACCACAGCAGCAGCCCCUGGUUCAGCAGCUUCGUGCACCGCCUGCUGCAGGGCCAGGAGGACGUGAUCCGCCUGGUGCAGGUCGAUGAGUCCCAGUAUCCCUUCAACGCCCGCCCCCCUGUCUACAUCCGUGCCCAGCUCUACAAGUACUGGUUCACCAGCAGCACCGAGGGCAGCCACUCGUGGUGGCGUCGGCAGCGGGUGCAGGAGUUCUUCCCCAGCGUGUCCCUGGGUGAUCCCAUGCUGGAGAACCUGCUCAACCAGCACGGGCUCAAGCAGGACAAGACCCCGGCAAGGCGCCCACUGGCCACGGUGCUGCCGCGGGUGCUCCAGUCACUGCGCCAGCUCUGCCGCCCGGUGCCUGGCCCCACCAUCCUCUGGUCCCUCUACCUGGUGGUGGCCACUGCCUGCCUCCUGCGAGCCCUGCACCACCAGUGCCGGGGGGGGGCACCCCCUGCCUGCCACAAAGGGCCCCGGCGCGGAGACCCUGCGGACAGGGGGGGUGCGGAGAAGAACGGGCACAUGCGGAGGAGGGAGCCCCAGGAGAGGGGUGAGAGCCGGGCCUGCGGUGGCCCCGAGGCCUGUGGGGGCGGCCGCCAUGGCACCAAGAGGAAGAAGUAGCACCCAGAGCCGCCAGCCUGGGUCUCGUCUUCCACCGGUGGACUGAAGGCACCCUAGGGUGCUGCACUAAUGCCAGCAACACCGGGUGGCUCCAUUGCCUCUGAUCCCUGUGCUGCGGCUUCAGGGUGAUGCUGGCGCUUGUGUGGUGG